ACCGCCUAGCGCUCAGUAGCGACCGGGACGCGGUCAGAUAAGGUCGUGUAGAGAGGAGAUCGUGCGUGCGCGUCAUAACAAAAUGGCAGCCAGAGUAGUGUUGAUUACAGAACAACAAUUGCUCAUUGAAGUUUUAGCAAAGUAUCGUGAAUUACCCGUGUUGUGGGAUAUUACACAUAAACAUUACAAUCAUCGCGAUGUUCGAAAAAAAGCGUACGAAUAUUUGUUAGAGUAUUAUAAUGAAUACGAUAAAACGGCUACAAUAUACACAUUGAAAAAGAAAAUCGAGAAUAUGCGAUCAGCAUACAAACGAGAAAUAAAAAAGGUGGAGAAAGGUGUAGUUGACGGUCAGCCAUACACGCCAUCACUGUGGUAUUUUAAUCAUUUAAAGUUUUUGGAUCAGGAAUACACUAGUUUGGAUUAUGACAGCGAUACAAACUUAACUUAUGGACCUGUACCCAAAAAGGCGAAAACGAGAAUGCAUGAACAAAAUGUGGAGGACGAUGAUGCCCUAACGUCAUCAUCAGAUGGUGAGACACUAGAUGAUGAGUCUGCCGAAGCCUUCGGGAAAACAGUCACGUGUACACUAAAAGAGCUUCCUAAGUUACAGCGAUGUUUAGCAGAGAAAUUAAUGUCUGAAGUUUUAUUUUACGCCAAAAUGGACCAAUUACAUUUGAGUUCUAUGAUUACUUUAAAUAAUGAUGGUGAGAAUACGGAAUAAAAAGUAGGUACAUUAAAAUUUGAACCGUAUUACAGAAGUUUUAACUGUAUUUUUGUAAUUGGUUGCUUGAUCUGUUAAGAUUUAAAGAUUGUUAUGCUGUGAUUUUAGUGUUGAAUAAGUGUCUAUUUUAGCUGUUUAAUUCUAUGAGAUGAUUUUAAAUCGUUACCUUGUAAACUCCUUGUCUUAUUCUUACUUAAACUUCUUCCAUAUAAAUAUAAUAUUUCUUCCAUAAAAUAUUAAGAAAUAAUGGGAAAGUUCACAAUCUGAUAAAAAAUGUUGUCUAGGUACGUUGCAGAAUUAUAAAUAAAUAAAUCUCCGUUUUUCAAUCUACUUUUUUAUGAUAAUUAGUACUGUCGUCGAUUAGAGUUUAAUGAAUGUUAACUGCCAAUUGUAAUUUUAAUAACAGUAUUUAAUGUAAACCAAAUAUAAUUUUCCAGAAAAAUGUGGU